GACAGAGAAGGAAGAGGAGGAGCCUUGGAAAGAUGCGAGUUGGGUAGUGCUGUUGAUAGAAAGGAAACAUUUCAGAGUUUAUCGUGUUUAGUUCUUUGUGUUGUAUUUCAGCUCUCAUUACCUUGACUGACUGAUGAACGGGCUACACCCAGCUGGCCUCGGUUAUAGCAGACACUGGCAGCCUGUCCAUUCCUCAUGAGAACUGUUUCAUUAGGGAAAAGGUGUAGUGAGUGGGUGUGAUUGUGCCGUGUUGCUGCUUCCUGCUGCCAUGGACCCACGCGUGACAGUCAACUUUGUGUGCCAGCGCUGCCUCAACCCUAUUCAGCUGGAACCGGCCUUCUCACACCUCAAUGAACACACCUUGGCUGAACUGGCCUUGCCCAUUUACUGUGGGGAGGAGGUGGAGUUUGACCCAUCAGAGAUAGACAAGCUGGUGCCUCCCCUGCAGCUGACAGACUCCGGUCCACACCACCAUGGCUUCACGCUGGUUGGGGAGUCUGGGGACACAGAGAAGACUCAGCCCCUCAAGGUAGCAACAGGCCUAUUUGAUUUGGUCAGCUCCAACAGUGAUUUGGACCAUCCCCUGUGUGAGGAGUGUACUGAUGCCCUGCUUGACCUGAUGGACACUACACUGUCCCGUACUCAGACACAGGCCCAGCUUUGCCACCAGCUCUUUGCCUCCCUCAGUGGCAUGCCUGAAACAGAUGUCUCUGCCUUGGAGAAUGAGCUGGAAAAUCUGGAGAUGGAAGAGAAGCGGCUGGUGGAGGAACUGGCAGAGGUAGAGAAAGAACAAAAGGCAGCCGAGAAGGUGCUUAAAAGGCAUGAGGAAGAAAAGAAACGUCUGGAGGAGGAAGAGGAAAGAUACUGGAGAGAAUAUUGCACCCACAAGUCUCAGCUCACAGCUAUGGAGGAUGAGAAUCGGAGCCUGAAGAACCAAAUGAAGUACACACAAGGUCAGUUGGAGCGGCUCAAAAAGACUAACAUCUUCAACACAACCUUCCACAUCUGGCACUCAGGACACUUUGGCACAAUCAACAACCUGCGGCUGGGUCGGCUGCCCACCGUCACUGUCACCUGGCAGGAGAUUAAUGCUGCGUGGGGCCAGACUGUCCUGCUCCUGGCCUCCCUUGCCCGGAAGAUUGGACUCAAGUUUUCCAAGUACAGACUGGUGCCCUUUGGUAAUCAUUCUUACAUUGAGGUGGUGGGAGAGAACAAGGAAUUACCUUUGUAUGGAUCUGGUGGAUUCAAGUUCUUGUGGGAUACUAAAUUUGAUGCUGGAAUGUCUGCCUUCCUGGAGUGUCAGGCAGAAUUUCAGCAACAUGUAGAGGCUCAGGGACCACAGAAAGGCUGCUUCUGCUUUCCUUAUCGCAUUAACAAGAACUUUAUAGAGGACAAUUCUAAUAACUCUUUCUCAAUUAAGAUGCAGUUCAACAGUGAGGAGCAGUGGACUAAGGCACUCAAGUUCCUGCUGACAAACUUGAAAUGGGGAGUCACUUGGGCCUCCACCUUGUUCUCAGGUACCCCUGGGGACACAAGCUAGGGGUGGAACUAGUCAUCUUUCCUGAUCAUCCCAUGCUGGGACACUGUCCACAGCAAACACACAAAUCUGAUUUUUUCUAACUUAAAAAGACAAGUACACACAAGUUUCUGUACUGGCAGGCAAUGGAAUAUUUAAAGCUGGUGUCAUUAUUGAUGUAUGCACCUGUAUGGACAAUGCAAUGAAAACAAAGUCCCUCUUGAAAACUGCAGCUACAACAUAGACUGUAAAGACUCAUAAGAAUACUGUGAUAACAGUAAUAUAUUAUUAUACAUUUGUGCAGUUACCUUAUUCAUGGACUGUCAAACCAAUUUCCUUUAUAAAAUGUUUUAUAUAUAUAUAUAUAUAUAUAUAUAUAUAUAUAUAUAUAUAUAUAUAUAUAUAUAUAUAUAUAUAUAUAUAUAUAUAUAUAUAUACACACACACACACACACACACACACACACACACACACACACACACACACACACACACAUGUAAGGAUCCACCACAGAACAAAUUUACACUACAAUCAAGUUGACAGUUCUUGAAUUUCAUGAAUAAAUCAUUUUUUUGCAAUUCAUCUCCCCUGUUUACCCGCAUAUCACACAUCACCUCACAAGUGCCUCUGUUGGUGAUAACUUUCCCAAAGUGAUAGACUCUCCUCAGAGGCACAUAAAUUUAUUGUGCUGCUGUCACAUGAAAAAAAAGAGGGUUUUCUUUGCUUUAAUGUGGAUGUCAUUAUUUUGGUAUUGUUAAAUAACUAUAAGUAAACCAAAGUGAAUGUGCUGUCUACUAAAACUUGUGCUUGAUAUACUGUGAUUUAUAUAACAUAUUUGUGACUUUGAAUUACAUUAAUCUACCAAG